AUGGUUCUUACUAUUCGCAAGCCUGCUCCAAACUUUAUAUCUGAUGCUGUUGUUCAUGGUAAGUUCAAGAAGAUCACACUAUCAGAUUAUAUUGGACAAUACGUAGUACUUUUCUUUUACCCCAUGGAUUUUACAUUUGUGUGCCCGACCGAGAUUUGCGCUUUUAGCGACCGUGUGGAAGACUUUGAAAAGCUCAAUACACAAGUGAUUGGUGCUUCUACUGACUCUAAAUUUUCACACCUGGCAUGGAUAAAUACACCUCGUAAAAAGGGUGGACUCGGCAAGAUGAACAUUCCACUUGUGGCGGACGUGACCAAGGACUUGUGUACUAAAUACCAAGUAAUGGUCGAGGACGGUGAUGAGGUGGGCCGCAAUGUGGACGAGGUCUUGCGUCUUAUUGAGGCCUUUCAAUUUCACGAGGAACACGGUGAUGUGUGCCCUGCCAAUUGGAAAAAGGGCAGUAAGAGUAUGAUUGCCAACUCGAAGGACUCGCUUAAGUACUUUGAGACGAUCGACGAGUCUUCAAAGAAGCGUAAGGUAGAGGAUAUUCCAGCUUAA